GGGUGCCUGUGGGUAGCGAAGCAGGGAGUCAGAUCCCUACCCGCAGGGAAGCUGUCCGAGACCUGGGACUGAUCUGCCUGUCUCCUGUUCAGGUGCACGAUGGACAAGAGGGACAAGGCCAAGGCGGGGCCUGGCGCGCGGACGCCCGCUCCCCGCCCUCCCAGCCUUCCCACCCCGAGGCCACCAGGGACUCCACGACCUCCUCCCCCAAUAACCCCUGCAGCCCUCCGAAUUAUGGGAGCAGUGGGAGCAGCAGGGAGAAAGCCUCUGCCAGAGCGAGCCGGGGGCAUCCGGGGAGCCACUCUUGUGGAGGCUGCACCUGGAGGGGGAUCAAAACGGAGCGCUGGAACAAGUCACCGGAACCCAGCCUCCAGACCCUCGGCAGCCGCUGAGAAAGGGGAGAGGGCCCCUGGCAAGACUCCCAACCUGGCUUCUCUUUCUAGCCUGGGGCGUGCCAGCGGGACCACCAGGCAAGGUUCCCUUGGGCAAAAGGGAGUCCGGCCGCCAGCAGAGGAACCUGUGGCCAAAGGAAAAGCCGCGGAAGCUCCCGGAAGGAGCACUCUGAGUGCUGGGGCACGGAGAGACUCUUCGGGGCCUACCCCAGGCACUUCCUCCCCAGCCAUGGCCCGUCGGUCUCGGACUGGGGGCCCUGAGGUGGGAUCCCCCAGGUCAGCUCUGAGUACCCGGCUACGGCCUCCAGCUGAGACCCCCAGAAAAUCAAUGAGCAGCACAGCGGAGCACAGUACCACAGAGCCGAGCCCAGCUGCCAGGAGGCGGCCCAGCGCUGGUGGGGGGCUCCAGAGGCCAGUCUCGCGGCCCCUGGGCUCCAGCACCACUCCUUUGUCCUCCCCAGCCCGCUCUGGGGCCUCACCCCGUGUGACAUCCCAGGCUCCUGCACAUCCCUUGAAGCCCAAGUCAAAAGGGCUGCAGGCUUUGCGGCCCCCGCAGACCACAGCCUCACGAAAGGACGCAGUCCCUGCGCAGAGCCAGCUUUCUCCUCCUCUUUUGGCCACACCCUCUCCACUGGGUCCGGUAGCACGACAGGCACCUUCUCCCCCUGUCACAUCCUCUCCUUUGCCGGCCACGCUCCCUCCCUCUCCACCGACUACGCCCCCUCCGCCCUCCACACCCUAUCUUCAGGCUCCGCCACUCUCACAGGACCUUACCUGUCCUUUGGACACGCCCCUUCCUCUAGCCCCGGCUUCUCUUUCUACUCCACUUUCUCCGCAGACCCUCCCCUCUCCGCCAGCCACGCCCCCUUCUCAAACUCCACCCCCACACUUGGAUACUCCCUUUCAGGAGGGUUCCGUCUCUCCGGCCACAGCCGCUUUUUUGACUCCAUUCUAUCCAUUAGUUUCACCCCCUCUGCAGAGUAUGCCCCCUACCCAGGAUCCUCCAGCUGUGCCCUCUCUUCCGAUUCUCCCCUCUCCUGUGGCCAUACCUCCUCUCUCAGCUCCUCUACCACCCGUCACGCCUCCUUUACAAGCGCCUCCUUCUCCUGAAACAUCUCUGCUAAAUCCCCUCUCUCCCACUCUGACAGCCCUUUCUGCUCUAACCACGCCCACUCCCCAGGCCAGUCCUUCCCUGUCUCCUCCCCUUCCCAAGACCACUCCCCCCACAGUGGCCACAUCUCCCUCACAGGACCUUCCUCUUCUGGCCGCAUCCCCUCCAGAGGCCUCUUCUCCUUUGGCCACACUGUCUCUGCAAGGAUCUCUAGUUUCUCCCUCUCUCUUGGCCUCACUGGAGGCUCCUUCUCCUCUAGCCACCCCCUCCACGCAGGCCCUACCUUCUCUGACCACGCCCCCCACGCAGGUCCCUCCCUCUCCCGGAUCCUCAUCCUCUUUGCAGUACUUAUUUUCUUUGGACUCACCUUCUCGCCAGGCCACACUUUCUUUCCUACCAGUGCCCCCUGUGCAAAUCCAUCCUUCUCUGAUCUCGCUCCCUCUGCCGGCUUCUCCUUCUCCUGUCUCCCCCACUCUGCCGGCCCCCUCCUCUUUUUUGACCAUGCCCCUUCUGCAGGCUCCUCCUUCUCCCCCUGCCUCUCCUUUGCUGCAGGCCCCCAGGUCUCCUUUGGCCACGCCCCCUCCACAGGCUCCACCUUUUCUGGCCUUACCUUCUCUGCAAGGCCCUUCCUCUCCCACUGCUUCACCUCCUCUGCAGACCNUGACCACACUCCCUCCAGAAACUCCACCUUCUCUGGCCUUGCCUCCUCUGCAGGGUCCUUCCUCUCCUCCUGCCUCACCUCCUCUGCAGGCUCUUCUCUCUCCUGUCUACCCUUCUCAGUCUCCUUUGGCCACGCCUCCUCCACAGAGCCCACCUGCUCUGGCCUUGCUUUCGCUGCAGGCUCCGCCCUCUCCUCUGACCACGCCCCCUCACCAGGCUCCACCUUCUCUGGCUUUUCCCCCUUUGCAGGCCCAUCACUCUCCCCCUACCUCACCCCUUCUGCAGGCCCCACGCCGUCCCCCGACUCCAGGUCCAGAUGCCUCCAUUUCGGGUCCACGGCUGACCCUGGCCUUGGCCCCAGCUCCAGCCCCGCCGCCGCCCCCCUCGCGCAGCCCGUCUAGUACGUUGAGCGGGCCGGAUCUGGCUGGUCACAGCAGCAGCGCCACUAGCACCCCCGAAGAGCUGCGCGGCUACGACAGCGGGCCCGAGGACGGUGUCGCGGCCUCCCCGCCUGCCGACGCGGAGCUCGCCGCUUGCCACCCGGCGGCCUGGAGUCGAGGUACAGCUCCGCCACUGGCCGUCCGCGGCGCCCCAGGAGCGACCUUGCCGUGGCCUCCUGCUUCUGGGCCAGGCUCUACUGACGGCCUGUGCACCAUCUACGAGGCUGAAGGGCCCGAGUCGGCGACCACUGCCCCAGGAGCUCUGGAUCCAGGGCCUGUGCCCAGCGCAGUCGGUGGGAAGGCAGUGGCUGGGGCGGGGGCGGGGGCGUCCUCCCGGAGCCCGAAGUCGGCCCGUCUGGGCGAGUUGCCGCUGGGGGCGCUGCAGGCGAGUGUCGUUCAGCACCUGCUGAGCCGAACACUGCUGCUGGCUGCCGCGGAGGGCGCUUCCGGAGGCAGCGGCGGUGGUCCUGGGGGACCGGGGAGUGGUGGCGUCACAGGGAGCGUCCGGGCUGCUCUCAGCGACGCCGAACUGGGCCGUUGGGCCGAACUGCUGUCUCCCCUGGACGAGUCCCGUGCCAGCAUCACCUCAGUCACCAGCUUCUCCCCAGACGACGUGGCCUCCCCACAGGGUGACUGGACUGUAGUGGAGGUGGAGACCUUUCACUGAGCCAGCUCUAGCCCCGCCUACUACGCCCCGUCCUUGCCUUAGAAUUCGCCCCUACACACCUCUUUGUCUUAGACCCCGCCCCCACUGCCCGGAAGCCGGGUUCUCUGUGAAUUGGUUUUAGCUCCCAGGAGUCUGGGUUGUUUGGCCCAGAAUCUACCCCUUGCCUUCGGUCAAAUAGUUUCAUACUUUUGGCCUAGGCCCUUUCCUCGAGCCCCCCCUUUGGCCUGGGACGUGCUCCUGCUUCCCUCGAGUCUGGGCCCGUUUCCCCCGCCUAGGCCCUGCCCUGUAUUGUCCAUCCAGCGCAG